ACCCAUUUUCGCACACUUGCACGUAAGCUACAAAAGAUUCGGUUGCCAUUGUCCUCAUGCUCGGUGUGUCUGUCCACUAAUGUGGAAUAUUAUGGAAACCGCCCCAUGCCCCCCCAAACGCCGCAUGUACUUUACCUCCAGGGAGGAUGUCGUUGCGUUUGUCAAAGAACGCUACAAUGAGGCAUACGUGAAGGAGUGUCACCGGACACGUUUUCGCAAGAUAUCGGCCUUUCAUGAGCGGUGCCCAAAUGCGAGCGGGUGUCCACCAUAUCAUCCAUAAUUUGCUACGGCAAAAGCAAAAAUGGAUGAAGGUCAGCGAGACAUGUGGGGAAUGUACGCCCCUUACCUGGAAUUCAAGUGGCGUAAAAAGGGGCAGAAGCUGUCUCUAGAUGACAUUUUUGCUCCGGUUCUCCCAAAUGACCCUCUCGCUAUGCGGUCCUGGGCGCGGAUCCCCCAGUUUGUUGACAAGGCUGCAUGGGCACAGAACCGGGAAGGAGAUCACCAGCGCACAACACCCGGCCCAACCCGCACUACCACACCCAGCGCCGUCUCAACCCCCAACAUUGGUUUUGCUUUCGGCGAAGUUGAGGUCGUGGCAGACAGCGGCGGGGGAGUUGAGGGAGUUGACGAGGACCCGGAGCGACAGAUGGACGGCGCGAACAUGAGGAUGUGGGAUGAUCUCAUUUUCCCAUGUGUCAUAUCUUGGGCUGGAUCCUAUUUCGGAAAGUCGAUGAACAACCAUAUAGGCAUAAACAUAGUCAUAGACGUAGUUGAAUCGCUAGAAAUGGAUUGGGCUUGGACCCUAGGUUGGAGAAACAGAUUCAGCAUGCCCUCAACUCUGUAGGUUGCGACGGUCGAUGUUCAACGCGAAAUGAAUACUAUCAAAGAGGUCGGAGGAUCCCUUGUGCUGGCUGUGCGGCGAGCUCUUCCUUCUCGCUAUGGCUCAAGCCAGUCUGUCGUCCUCAGCGGAUAUGAUUCAGGCGAG